AUGAAUACUUUCUAUGCAUAGAAUUUAAGUCUGAGUUAAUUACGUUAAUUGCCACAAGAACGUAUGCAUGUUAAAAUGUACAAAAAUGAAGAAAUAACAUUGACACCUCAGAGCAAUCGUAGUUAAUUGAAUGAAGCUAUCGAAAAUCUUGAAACGCAAUGGCAUUCUAUACGUAGAUAACAUCUAGAACAACGUUCUUGCAGUCGAAGUCCAGCCAAAAAUAAUCUCAUGAAUUAAUUGCUAAAAAAUAAGGAUAAAUAAUAAUAGUGUAUUUUGAAAAAGGUUGUACCUUUAUCAACCAUAAACUUAGCCAAAAUCUAAGAUUAACAGCAACAAUAAUAAAUUCAAUACAAUCCAUAAUAAUCAGCUCAACGCAAUCAUCUUAAAGAUUCCUCCCACUUUUAAUACAUAGCCAAUAAAUACUGUAAUAUCUACAGAAGACCUAGUCCAGAAUAAUAAUAUUUAGUCAAUUCCCUUAGAGAUAAUGAAUAAAUGAAUUAUUCAAUAGGAAGAAAUUAAGUCCCAUAACAAUAAUACCAAAGAAAUAAUCUUAAAAUGUUAGAUGAACGAGUGCGAGUCAAUUCUCAAGAUAAAUACGCAGCCUAAGCAUUAUCCAACAGUAAUAUACUCAAAAAGGAUGGACCUUAACGCAAAAGGGUUUCACAAUAUUAUAAAGAUGAAGAAAACAAGAUGACAUCUGUAAAAUCACCAGCUAUGUAAAAUUAAAGAAUUAUUGCAAAAAAAAGAGCCUGA